CUUCCUCUCUCUAGGGCACACUUCUCUCUUCUCUCUCUCGGCUCUCUUCUCUCUGCGUCUCUCUUAAAAGUUGGUUGUAAAGGUUACGUCUCUCACAAGAAGUGCUAACGGCGACGGUCAAUUUCACUGAUUCGAGGAAUAUGAAAAUGGGGGAAAAGAGCGUUUUUAUUGAUGUCUACGAAGAUACGCAUAGGAAUAAAAACAAGGACGGUAUAAGAGGAGAUUGGGUCGAACCGCGUCCUAAGAUUGUAUAUGAAGAAUUUCAAAAAAGUAUAGAAGAGUGGCGUCAAACCCAACCUACUUCAGAGGAAAGUACCAUGGUCCAACCAUCACCUGAAGAGCUGAAUAAUAUAUGGACAACUGUGGUAGGUGGUCGAAAUAAAGGUAGAACCUACGGGACAAGGGUUCUCCAAUCCUCGAGUAGUCCUUCGUUGUUUCCCAGUUCCUCUUCUACUUUACAAACUAUGGAAGAAAUGGAAGCGAUGAAAAAUCAAAUUGUGGAAUUGAUGCAGAAAUGUGCAGCUAAUGACAUUAAGUUUGCUAAAUUUGAUAAAUUGGAGGAGUUGGUUAAGAAGCACAUGCCCCAAGUAUUUCAGGACGAGGAAGAUAAUGAAUCUGAUGAUAAUUAG